AUGUGCAUCUACUCCCAUUUGUUUCUGGUUGGAGCGCUCUGUGUGGACUACAGUAAGUGGGUUGGCCUUGCAGGUGGCGAGUGCUGGGCGGUGGACGCAGCGCGGUUGCCCCCCGCCGGAGCGAGCUCGUACCCCUGCCGCUCGUGUGGCAGGCGGUACCGGCAGCAGUGCUCCCGCUGGCGCCACGAGAACUACGAGUGUGGCAAGGCGGCCACCUUCCAGUGCCCCGCCUGCUGCUACAAGGCCAAGCACAAGUUCAACAUGCAGAAGCACGUGCGACUCAAGCACGCCUGGCUCGGGGGUGACAACCCCGCGGACUGAGUCGCCCGCUGGGCCGAGGGCAGCUUCUGUUUGGGCUGUUCCUGAAUUUUUGUUUUCCUAAGCGUUUUCAAUU